AUGUCGACGAUCUCCCUGUCCGCGCAAGAGCUGCAGCAGGUGCGCUCACAGUUCCCCGCCUUGGUCGCUGCCGACACCCCUGACUCCGCCACUAGCGGAUACAUCUUCGCCGAAAAUGCCGGAGGCAGCCAAGUGCUCUCGUCUGUUGCUGCCUCCAUCAGCUCCUAUCUGCUGUCCACCAACGUGCAGAUGUCGUCAUACCCGCUCGCACAGGCUGCGGAGAGCCGCGUGUCGCUGGGCACGUGUGCAGCUGCAGCUUUGCUGGGAGCCGAUUCGCCGGACGACGUGAUGAUCGGGCAGAGCGCUACGGCCCUCGUAGCGGCGAUUGCGGCCAUGAUCGAGCACCGCGGUGUGUGGGGCGAAGGCGGUGAGGUGGUGAUCUCCGAUGCGGACCAUGAGACGAACCGCGGCGCGUGGAGCCGUCUCGCUCAGAGGCUGGGGAUGGGAAUCAAGCACUGGCCUGUCACGCCUAUCUCGUCGAAAGGUAGCGAAUACGAGGUGACGCUGGACCCGCAGACGCUGCAUACGCUCGUCACGCCGCAAACCAAGCUCGUCGCAUUCACAGCGUGCUCCAACCUCCUCGGCGCGUUUACGGACAUCAAAGCCUCAGUCGACAUCGUCCGCUCCAUCGCUCCAGACGCCAUCAUCGCCGUGGACUGCGUAGCGUACGCCCCGCACCGCCGCAUCACCCCACGUGCAUGGGGCGUGGACAUCGCCUUCUUCAGCGUCUACAAGACGUACGGCGCGCACGUCGGUGCCAUGUACGUCAGCCCGCGUGUGCAAGAGACGCAUCUGGCAAGGCUCAACCAUUUCUUCCUGCAGCCGCAGGCGGGCGCCCAGAUCAAGGGCAUGUACCCGUUCCAGACCAGCUCGGUGCAGUAUGAGCUGAACCACUCGAUCGCUGCUGUUGCGGACUACCUUGUGGGCCUCGGGCUGGGCAAGCUCGAGCAAGGGGUGAAGUUCGAUUGGAACGCGCUGUUCGGCCGACCGGCUAGUACCGCCGAAGGACAGCGGGUCGGCAUGUCGCUUGCUCAAGUCGACUCGGCGCUGGACACAGCCUUCGCCAAGAUCGCCGCACACGAGUCGACGCUGCUCUCAAGCCUCAUCCCGUCCCUGCUCGCAAACCGCUUUCACGGUGUGCGCAUCGUCGGUCCUGAGUCCACCGACUCCAACACACGCGCCCCCACGGUCGCGUUCAUCCUCGUCGACCCCGCCACGGGCAAGCCCAAGGCGGACACCAGCAAGAAAGUGCACUCGGCCCUGGUGGGCGGUGGGCAAGUGGGCGCGCAGCAGGGACACAUGUACGCGCACAAGCUGGUGCAGAGUCUGGGCCUCGAUCUGGCAGAUGGCGUCGUCAGGCUGAGCUUUGUGCAUUACAAUACCGCCGACGAGGUGCAGAGGGUGGUGGCGUUGUUGGAGAGAGUGUUGCGCAGCGUGCUGUGA